UAUUUUAAUACACAGCGCAUAAAUUAAAUUUAAGAUUUUUUUAUAUGUAUUCCGAUAUACUUAAGCGCGUGAAAUUUCAGCUCUGUCAUUGAUAAAUUUUAAUCGCUUCCUGUUUAAAAGUAUUAUAUAAUACUUGAUAAUUCUAUAUCUUAAAUUUAAUUAUGCGUUUGCAAUGUGCAAAUGUGUUGCGUAAAAAAGCUAACUUCAAUAUUGUCAAAGAAGUUCUGUUCGCAUCUAUUCUUUAUUUAUGACAUUUUGACUUGAUACUUGAACGCGCGAAAUUGCAGUUCCGUCAUUGAUAAAUUUUAAUCGCUUUCCAUUUAAAAACUGUUACAACCGCGACAUAUUUUUGUAUUACAAUUUUUAUCUCCUAGAAUGUUCCAGAAUUUGUUUUCAGAAUUAUUAUCGAUGGUUUUAGGAUAGCCUGUAUAUAUAGAAUACACGCUACACCUGCAUGCAACACCUGCCAUGCGUCAGAUAUGGUCUUGUCAUUAAAACAGGUCAUUAUCAUUGCGUGUAAUCUAGGAAGGUAGAGCGGGGUAGAAAUGAAACGCUCUUAGCGUGUACAAAGUGCGUCUAAACGUGUGUAUAACUCUGAUUAACGUAUCUUUUUUCUUUGAUCUCAAGUGAGAAAUAUCCAAUUGUUAAUUUGUGAACAGAUAAGUAGCUUUUAAUGAUUAAUGAUAUUUUUUUAUAAUCUCUUAUAAAGAAACUCAUGUUAUUUUAAUGUUACGUCGAAAGCACUUUAUAUACGAUGUUACAGCAUUUUCUAUAGAAAUAUUUCCGUUAAAGCAAUUUUUAUUACGAAAUGUGCAAAAUGAUGUUAUUAUACAGAAAUUUCUUUUAAAGAUGGCUUCUGAUUUAAAUUGAUCGUAGAAUUUAUAAAAAGUGACAUUAUAAUAGUGGUAGUUCUGUGAAAUUCCACAUACUUAUGUGUUGACGAACUGAAUAGAGUUUUCUUAUCAUAUUACGAAAUUGAUAAAUCAGCAAUCGCAAUAUGCGAUAAGCCCAGAUGUGUCCCCUUCCUGUUUAAAAGUAUCAUCAUCAUUCGUUAUCGAUUCAAAUCAAAUUGUGCCUCGGAUAUAUAAAAGACGGAAUUGAUGGUAUAGAAAAGAUACGUUAUUGUCCGCGAAACGUUUCUUCAUUUGAACGUAAUCGUUUAAGCAACUAAAAUGAGAAACGUAAUCUGGGUUUUGGCACUGCUUUGCCUGAUUCAUGUAUCAAAGCAAGAUCUACUAGAUCCUACAGCCAAUCUCGAACGACUGGUGAAUCUACAAAAGAAAGCUACCGAGUUUUUACUUAAUAAACUUGUGUUCCUCGACAAGCAAACAAGACAAAAUUUUGAAUUAAAAAUUAAUGAUAUAAAGGCCGACACUUUACUUAAUGUUAAUAAACUUAUCAACGAAGCAUUCGAAAAUGUCAAUUCAUCUAUUGAGAAGGGAAAGAAAGAAGGUAAGAAUGUAGACGAAUGUUACGAUUACGCAAAAACUAAUUUGGAGACAAAGAACGAAAAUGCUAAUGCUGAGCUGGAGAAGUGUAUCGACACCGCUAACCGAACCAUAAGUGUCCCAUUAUCGAACGUGAGGAAAGUUAUCGAGCAAGUGAAGACAUUAAUGAACGAAAUAGAUGCUGUCAUACCGACCUGCCGAGGCGAAUCAUCGGGCAUCAUCAAGCUGCAGGCCUGUGUCAUGAAGAAUCUCUAUGUGCACGGAAAAUCUCUGAAAGGUCUGAACGCUGAUGCCGACAUGAUCAUGAAAAACACGUUGUUCUUAUAUGCAAGAGCGAUCACCGAUGCGAAGAGCUGCACGACUAAACUCAUCUCUAAUACCCGUACUUUUGGCGUAGAUAUUAUCGUCCGUACGGACAACUGCGUAAGAAAUGCGCCUACAGACAAUAGCACUUCUAUCUAUUAAGACUUUAAACGAGACAAUUUAUGAAAGAAUAAAAGACAUUUAGUGAUCAUU